CCCGGGGCCGGCGCCUCUGGCUGCAGCCGGGCGGCCAGAGGCCAGGUAGGAUUUCCGGGGGAAACUGGUGUGGAGACUGAGGAGGCGGCGAAGGCGACCCGGAAACUAUACCCCACCUUCCUAAACUGGCUAAUAGUGGCAUGGAAGACCCAUUUGAAGAAGCAGGCCAGCCCACUGCAGACCCAGGCAUGGUCAUGGACAGUGUGGAAGCUGGAGACACAACACCUCCCACCAAAAGAAAAAGCAAGUUCUCUGGCUUCGGCAAAAUCUUCAAGCCCUGGAAAUGGAGGAAAAAAAAAAGUAGUGAUAAAUUUAAAGAGACAUCAGAAGUUUUAGAGCGAAAAAUAUCUAUGCGAAAACCAAGAGAAGAGCUGGUUAAAAGAGGGGUACUGUUGGAAGACCCUGAGCAGGGUGGUGAGGAUCCAGGAAAGUUAAGUCAUGCUGUAUUAAAGAAUGGCCAUACCACCCCCAUAGGGAGUGCCAGAUCAUCUAGUCCAGUCCUAGUAGAGGAAGAACCAGUAAGAACAGCAAGUGUUAACAGUCUUUUUCCAGAAGAGGACCCAAAGAAACGACUGGGCUCAAUUGGAAGCCAGUCUAAUUCUGAAGCAGAGUCUGUAUCUGAGAAUGUACCAAAACAGCCUUUACUUCCCCCUAAAAGGCCAUUGUCCUCAUCUCAUGAAGCAAGUGAAGGGUCAGCAAAGGAUGUCACUUCUUCUGGCAGCAUGGCAAGGUCCAUCUCCUCCGCCUCUUCUACCAACAUAGCACCUGCUGCCACCACUGCUGCCACAAACCUAGCAAAGACUGUUAAUUCCUUUGUCACCCUUUCCCCAGCACCCAGGACUCUGCCUGCUGCUCCUACCAGCACUAACACUACUGCUACCCCAAGCCUUUCUCAUAUGGUCCCUGCCAAGCAGCCCCCUAUCCCUCCCCCUAAACCAGCUCACAGAAAUAGCAACCCUGUUAUUGCUGAACUGUCCCAAGCAAUAAACAGUGGUACAUUAUUAUCAAAACCAUCCCCACCCUUACCACCUAAGAGAGGCAUUCUGUCAACCUUGGUAUCCACCUCGGAGUUGGCUGCUGGCAUCAACACAAAAACACCAAGCGAUCAAAAAGAGACGAAUACAUGCUCUGUGGGCUCUGAACCAAUGCUGAUGAUCCCACCUCCUUCUCCAUCUCCCCCGCUGCCUACUCAUACACCUCCAGAGCCCCCACGGUCUCCACCAUUCCCUCCUAAGACUUUUCAACUUGUGCCAGAAGUUGAGAUUCCACCUUCCUUAGAUCUUGCCCAGGAGGAUCCCCAGCAGGAAGAUCAGAAAAAGGAAGUCCCCAAGAGGAUAUUGGACCAAAGCUUUGGGGAGCCCCAUGUACCCUGUAGGCUGCCCCCACUCCCCCUACAUAUUCGAAUUCAACAGGCCCUGACCAGUCCCCUUCCCAUGACUCCUUUAGAGGGUUCUCACAGAGCUCAUUCAUUGCUCUUUGAGAACAGUGACAACUUUUCUGAGGACAGCAGUACCUUGGGUCGGACCAGAUCACUUCCCAUCACUAUUGAAAUGCUGAAAGUUCCAGACGAUGAAGAAGAGGAGGAGCAAACCUGUCCUUUGGAAUUUGUUGAAGAUGUGGCAUCUACCUCAGUCAUUCCUAAAUUACCACAGUGUCUGCAGGAGGAAGAAGAAAAGGAGAGUGACUCAGAUUCAGAGGGUCCUGUUCAAUAUCGAGAUGAAGAAGAUGAAGAUGAAAGCCAUCAGAGUGCUCUGGCCAACAAAGUGAAGAGGAAAGAUACACUGGCAAUGAAGUUGAACCACAGAUCCAGUGAACCAGAGUUGAACUUGAAUUCUUGGCCUCGUAAAAGCAAGGAAGAAUGGAAUGAAAUACGGCACCAGAUUGGGAACACACUGAUCCGGAGACUGAGUCAAAGACCAACACCAGAAGAACUAGAACAACGAAAUAUACUGCAACCUAAAAAUGAAGCUGAUCGUCAGGCAGAGAAACGAGAGAUUAAACGUCGGCUCACUAGAAAGCUCAGUCAAAGGCCAACUGUGGCUGAACUACUUGCCAGGAAGAUUCUGAGGUUUAAUGAAUACGUGGAAGUAACAGAUGCUCAAGAUUAUGACCGGCGAGCUGACAAACCUUGGACCAAGCUGACUCCUGCUGACAAGGCUGCUAUUAGAAAAGAAUUAAAUGAAUUUAAAAGCUCAGAGAUGGAGGUUCAUGAAGAGAGCAAACAUUUCACACGCUACCAUCGUCCAUAAUGCUGAAGUUUGAGAAAGGAACUAAACAACUUCUCCAAAAACCAGGACUGCUUUGCUGCUUGUUUCCAGAGUGACAUUAUGGAGGGAACUUUAGCACUUCCCCCGCAUAGCCAGAAUUGCAUCCUCUGGGAUCUGGUUUUGGAGUGAACAGCACUCCUAUGAAUGUAGCCUUCCACUGGAAUGGAUUCUCAUGUGCUGCCCCUGGGGCAAAAGCCAACACUUCAUCAGUACUUUUGAACUUUUUAAUAUAGCAACAUUCUUGAGGGGUUUUCCCUCACCAGCCACCAAAGUUCUGAGCCACUGGCAGGUUCUGAGUUUUAUUGACUUUUCCACACCCUUGCCCCAAAAUUACUGCCUGUGCUAAGGCACAGUUUGCACCAUUAGCCUUACCUGCCCUGCCCUAAUUGUGAGACCCACUUGUAUAGGCACUAAAUUCCAGCCUUCAAAAAUAAUUGGUUGUGGGAAAAUUUUCUAGAGGCCCCAGCCUUCUGGAAAAAGGGGUCCCCACUUCCAAAGGAUGCCUUCAUACCACACUGGGAUGUCAAUUGAUAGCAUUGCACUAUACCUCUUGUAACACAGCAAUAUAGUUCUCUUCAGGCACACGCGUCUGAGGGGAAGCUCAGGAUCUGACAUGUUCCUCCUUUUUGGCACUUGUCAUCCUAAUUUUUAUUUUUAAAUGAUUUUAAAGAAGUAAUGGGGACUUAUGUUUUUCCUGUUCAUUAAAGUCUGAGCUGCAACCAGAAUGCAAGUUGGUCAAAUGAGAAAGCGUGUAUAUUUUUUUGUAUAUAAAAACAAGAAAAGGCCUUAACAUUAAUGCCAACUUGGCAGAAUGCUGACUGGUGGUUUAAAUUUUAUAGGCUGUUGUACUUUUAUCGUACCAAAUACUGUAAAUCACUUCAACCAGUAGUAAAGCAGAGUUGUAGACAUGCUGGGUGAGCACUUGUUUGGUUUCAGCCCCCAUACUUCCAACCAGAAUCACAGCAAGAUCCUAAGGGAUGUGGGGUGCUACAUGGGAAAAUGUCUUUGGAGAACCACAAAGGAGGGGCAUGUUAUGGCUCACUGCCCUUCUCUAAGUGCCGUUUGCCCUCUCCUUGCUGCACAUUCCCUCUUCACUCUAACACUAUUCUCCUGGCAUUCUCUGGCAGCUUCACUCACUGUUCCUUUUCCACGCUGUAGCCAGCGUUUUUGGUGCCUAGGAAAUGGCUUAGUCCCACCCCAUUUUGUAAUUGUAAUAUAUGUUAGUAUAAUUUCCUAAAAUAAAAAGUUUGGUUAUCCUA